CACUGCGGCCCAAGAGAACUAGCAGACAGACCUGUCACUCUCUCACACCUACAGACAUGGCUCCCUGUUCAACCAACUUCUCUUUCCAGCACCUGAGGUUCGCAGAAAAAGACAUUAAGAUAAGGAAACCCAUCGUGGAGAAGAUGCGUCGGGAUCGCAUCAACGGCUGCAUCGAGCAGCUCAAGCUCAUCCUGGAGAAGGAGUUCCACAAACAGGACCCCAACACCAAGCUGGAGAAAGCCGACAUCCUGGAGAUGACCGUGAGCUUCCUGAGGCAGCAGCUGCAGCCGGAUCCAUCUCAGAGGGACUACGGCGAGGGUUAUUCACAGUGUUGGAGGGAGUCUCUGCAGUUCCUGUCCGGAAGCCCCAAGAGAGACACCACUUCCAUCAUCACCUCGGCUGGACCUCUUCAGGGGCUCCAGCAGCGGCUCUCCACCCAGGUCCAGAGAUCCAUCCAGCAGCGCCCAGUGGUCCAUUCCACCUCUCCAGUCUCCUCCACCCUCCGACCCACCACUAACACCAACACCACGCUCCACGACACAGGAGCUAAAGGCCCAGUCUGGAGGCCCUGGUAGAGAAAGACGGUGGACUGAAGUCACUCGAAAACCUGAGGGAAACAAUGGACUGUAUGUCCCUCACUGUGUAGGAAAUAUGCAUUUCCAACCUGCUCAACCGUUGUGGGUUUCCUGAGCUCUUAUUUUCUCAUCACAUUGAUGGACAGAUGUGUGUGGCACAUUCGGGGCAUAUUUGAGGGUAGUCAUUGAGUUAUGAUCUAUUAUUGUGAAAUGUGCAUUUUUUCCCUUACUCCAAUGGAGUCUAUGUGUUAUAUGAUAGAUGUAACAGCAUCUACAAUAGGCUACUGUAUUUUUUACAUCAAUUCUUUGAGGAUAUUUCUCUAUCGUUAUUCAUUGUUUUGUUAUCUUAUGGAUGUAUCUUUUAUAAAAGGCAAUAGAAUGUUGGUAUGCUUUGUAAUAGUACCGUUAUUGUUUUAUAUUGCAUUUAAAGAAGCUCUUAAAACUAUGUAUGACAUUUGUAUGACAAUAAAACUACAAUCAAUUUUAAAUAAAUAAUAACCUUUUGUC